ACCGCAGCCACUCGAAAUUCCAAGCGCCGCUCCCCGCCACAAGUCCGCGCCUCCUCCUCCUCGCCGUCGGCCACCACCGGCUCGAAGCAAUCGCCACCGCGGUGCUUCGGGAGAGCGCUAGGGCAGCAUGGCCGGCGCUCCGCCGGCGGCGGAGCGCCCGCCAAGGCCCGACGUCGACUUCGCCGACGUCUUCGGCGGACCGCCCCGCCGCUCGUCGGGGCACGACAGCCUGAGGCGCUCGUCGAUGGACUCGUCGUUCGGCUCGGCGACGCGGACGCGGAGCGGGCCAGAGGAGAGGCCCGUGUUCGGGGAGCGUACGAGCUCCGACCGGAGGAGGCAGCUCGGGGCGGAAUUCUACAAGGACAUAUUCGCCGGGAACGAGUCGAUGUCACCGAGGCGGGGCGGCGCGGCCGGGGAUCUGGAUGUGUUUGGCGCGCAGGUGUCACCCGGUUCCACCAGCCGCGUGCGUUCGAGCUUCUCCAUGAAGUUCAACGGAGGCAUCGACAGUUCAGUCCCUACUUCUCCUUCUCGGCAUACACCCAACAGAAACGACGAUGGGGUAUCCUAUGCUUACAGCGUUCCAACUUCACCCAAUUCAUCCAUGAACAGCUUUCUAGCUCAAGGAGCACACCAACAAGAUUCCACAAAGAAUCCUUCUUCAUGGCAUCGCUAUGCCUUCUUAUCCCGGUUUCGCUCUAACAGUGGAGAUAAGGACACCUCCAAUUAUGUCAGCUCCAUGGAUAGUGAGCGUGAAGGGACUCAUGUUAGCUUGGAAAAUAGCAUUGACAAUAACAAGUUCCAUUUUUCAUUCUAUAAGUGGGGAGGGAAAGGUGCCAUUUUGGUACUGCCAACUAAUGCACAAGAAAGUGCUGGCGAUAUUGUUGGUGCGAGGAGUUUCCCUCAAGUGAUUGUGCAGGGUAUCGACCUAAUUGAUGAAGAAGAAGACAACACGUCAACUGCCACUGGAGCAUCAAAGAGUCAGACUGAUUAUGAAGAGUACAAGUCUGGGAAAGAAUAUGGCUUGUUAAGUGCACACUUAAAAGCGAAGGAUGGAGCCCUUCCUUUAGUUUUUGAUGAAUACUUUCAAGCCAAUAAAGCUGAAGAAACAGGAACAAAACACAGCACUGAUAAUACAAAGAACAGUGUAUUAGGAUCUAGCCCCAGCUCUAAAAGUUCUCGAUCACCUUCAGGAGAGAAAAGUCGUGGCAGCAGAGUGAAAGGAAAAGUAAAGGGCUUCAUGAAAAUAUUUAGUCCUGAGAGUUCACCGAAGCUCAAAGGAACACGUCAAUCUCUAGAUCGGACAUACAAAAAUGGAAGCAAAAGUGGAGUUGAUGAUAAAUUUAGCUUGUCCAAUUCGGCGGUUGAUGAGGAUGUUAGAACAGCUAAUAUGAGCAAUCGGAACGUGUUCCCUCCUGCACCUUCUCCAUGGGUCCAGAUCAGCGAAGUCCAAGACAGGGCGGUGAUACCGGUUUUUACAGUGGAUAAUGAAAAGCAAAGAAGGGCAGAAAAUUGUUUUGGAACAAAAGAAGUUACACCUCCCUCUUCGGAUGAGUUAGUUGAUGCCCAAACAAAAUAUAUGGUGGGUGAGGGUGAAACAACAGAACGCUCAGAAGGUCCAGUUGAAGAUAUUGAAGAAUGUGUGGUUGAGGAUGUAUGUGAAGAUCUUAUUCUUCGUAAUAACGAGGAAAAAGAGCAAAUAAAGAUAUCUGAAUACAAAAUCCGGGAAUGGUCAAAGGGAAAAGAAGGAAACAUUAGGUCAUUGCUUUCUACACUGCAAUAUGUACUAUGGCCUGAGAGUGGAUGGAAACCAGUCCCUCUUGUUGAUAUAAUUGAGGGAGCAGCUGUUAAGAAAGCCUAUCAGAAGGCAUUGUUAUGCCUUCAUCCAGAUAAGUUGCAACAACGAGGAGUUGCUAUGCAUCAGAAGUAUAUAGCAGAAAAGGUUUUUGACAUUCUACAGGAGGCAUGGAAAGAAUUCAAUACGGUCACUUUCGGAUAGUAUCCCAUUGCUUUGAUCGUUGCUUCGGCUCUAUCAUUCAGAUAUGGUGCUUGCUAUUGUCGGCUUCAGUGUAAAGAAACAGCCUAUGGUAAUGCCAAGAUCCCGUUGGAUAGGGUUAUACAUGGUGGUGAAUUUAGCCAGGUAGUAGACAUGGAAGGCCAUGUCCUUCGGUAUUCAAUAGUGCAAAGAAAUUCUUUUGAGGUAUCGCAGGCCUCUAGCUAGCAGUCUGGUGAAUUGCACUGUGUGAAUUUGCCCUUUUUUCUUAUAAAUGUAAAUAAUUAGAAAGCAACAGUUCAGAUAAGUAUGCCCACUGUACAAAUUCUUCGGUUGUGGGUUUGUGGCAAAUAAACUGGUGUAUCCAGAGGAUUGAAAUUGUAUAAAUGGUACGUGAGACUUGGUUCUUGCCUGACCACUAGGGUCAUGUAAUAAUUUUUCCAAGUGCGUUGACAGGUUACUCGUGAGGCUGAGAGGUCAGAAGCCCUCGUAUAUUGCAUGUUAU